UGCGGCGAGAUCAUGGAUGCAGUGCACGAGGAGGUCCCGGUGGACUACAUUUUGAAUUCUUUCCGGCACUAAGCACUUUGUUGAACGAGCUGAGCUUGUACGAGAUUGGAGUGGCAAUGACGCAGACGUGGCUAGCGAUCAAUGAGCAGAUGGCGAGCUAGCACUGUCCAGCAUGGACUUGCUGGCCAAGUGCAUUCCCAUUCGACACAGAGCUUCGUCGGGAAUCCCUGGCUACGGUUUGAAGCCAAAGAGGCUCCUCAGCUUUUGCGCCGCCUUGAAACAAGGGCGACGACAGCGACCACAAGGACUCCGCCUCGGGCAGGGAUGAGGAGGCGCAGGAUUUUCGUCCUCUUCAUAUGCGGAACAUUACCAUUCCUACAGUGACCACGAUUGCCACGCAGCAUACACAUAACGGCGCCACUAACUUUGGAGCAGAGGGAUGCGACCCUGAAAGUUUGCAUUUGGCAAUACUGGACAUCGUUUCGCUGUCACUUCUUU